ACUGUUUUAUAUAGUACUUUAUGUAGACAAAAUGUUUUAAAUGGCUUAGAAUGUGAUAACAGUGGAUGUCCUGCAUUUAUGGAUAAAGAAAAAACCAAUCCCCAAAUGGUGUUCGAUUUGAAAAUUAACAUUUCAGAUCAUACAGGUACACUUUAUUUUUGUCAUUUUAGAGGAAAUGCGGUUGAAAAUACAUUUGGUUGCACAAUUCAAGAUUUUCUACUCAUGAAGGAUGAAGCCAAAUAUGAACUAAAAUGGCAAUACAUAAUGGAAAUAUGUGCUGUACGAAUUUUUGUAGUAGUAAACAGAGGAAAGCCUCUUAUUUCAAUUGUAAGCAUCAAUAAGGAAGAUACUUCACUUCUAGCUCAAAAAGUUCCAGUUUUUUAA